CUCACGCAAGCCUCCUGGGCGGGGCUGACUCUCCUGCCCCCAAGUCCCCAGCCCACCCCAUCCGCCGGGACGGAAGUCGGAGGACCGUUCGGCCGCCUUCCUUCUCUUCCCGAACGAGCAGGCAGCGCAACGGAGCGACAGCGCCCCAUAAAGUCCGACUCUGCCCAGCGGCGCCCCUCGCCUCCCAGAGGGCGGCCUCCUUCCAGCCGCAUCCCGGGCCGGCGCCCUUCGCCCCAGGGGGCCAUGAAGCGGGCGAGCACUCUGCGUCUGCUCUCGGACCUGAGCGACUUCAGUAACGCGAGCCAGCUCCGCCAAGUGCUGGCGGAGGAGCCUCUUGCCCGGGUCCGCUCCAGCCCCGACGGCCGCCACCUGCUGCUUCUGCGCCCCCCAAGCUCUCCUGCCCCACUGCUGCUGGUGUCCAGGAAAGGGGCGGGGCUGGGGCCGGAGCCCUCCUGUCCGACUGGCCAAGGCCCAGUGCUAGAAGCCUUCUUUCUCCAGUGCCCAGGCUGGGCCGGCGGCCCACGUCCUGUACUUGCCGUGGUGUGGGCCAGUGGGCGGGCUGAGGUGUGGGGCACUGGAGUGCACCCAGAAUGGCAGCUGCUCCAGCAGGCCGAAUUGUGUGUGAGUAGCAAGGCCAGGGUGGUGGCCGCAGCGGCUCUGGGAAACCGGCUGGUGUGGUGUGAGGAGCGGCCAGGCGGCACCGAGGUAGCCGCAGGAUCGGUGCAGGCUGCCUUCAGUCACUGUGUGUGCACCCGGGCUCUGGAGCCCCACGGGGAGACCGGUGUCAUUCUGAGUGCCCCCAAGAUCCUGCUGCACCACUGUCCUCAUUUCCAGCUGCUGGCCUCCCGUUCUGACUUCUUCAUGGUGCCCACAGCUGCCACCUGGCCCAGUGUCGCUCACAUCUUGCUCAUCUGGUACCCAGGUAAGGGCAGGGUCACUGUGGCUGUCCCUGCUCACAACCUUACUCAUAGCAGGAACUUGAGCCCUAAAGGCAGGGACUCCUGGGAUUUCAGGUCCCUGAUUCAGAGGGUACCAGGACUGCUUUCUGGUGGGGAGCCCCUAGACAUCCACACCUGUGCCUCUGCCCAGGGGAACCUGCUGUUGCUGAGCCCAGAGGGGGCUGUGAGUCUCAUCCGGAGGGAUGGAGGAGCUAGAGCGGUGGGUAUCUUGGGGUGCGGGCUGCUUAGCCAGGAGGUUCCAGUGUCCUUGGGUAUCUUCAACAACACUUUGGCCUGUGUGCUCGGCUCUGGACUCGAGCUGCUGGACCUGGGCAGUGGACGGCUUCUAGAAAGAAAAGUCUUAAGUACCGACGGAGUCCACCUUCUGGAGCUCUCAGCCCCAGGGAUUAAUGAAGGAGAGGAAAAUAAAGGUGCGCUGAGGCUGCUCUCUGCAGGUGGCCUAUUUUGUAUGGCCUGGGAGAUGAGGAGAGAGGUUGAAUGGCUAAACUCUGAGGACUUAGUGUUUGAGGAGGCCUGUGGCUACUACCAGCGUAGGAGUCUUCUGGGAGCCAAACUCACAACUGAUGAGCUGAGAAGAGGUAGCACUUUUAGAGCUCCCCUGGCCCUAGCUGCUGUUCUCCAAGGUCACCAACCCCCAACCAAACUGCUGACUGAUUUGCAAGCUGAGCUAAGGGACUACCACGGCCUAGAACGGCUCAAGACCCGACUAGUGGCUGGGGAUGGGCAAGAGGAAGGCUGGAUGGAGCUGGCUGAACGGGAGGUAGAGCGGCUGCUUCGGUCAGAUCUGACAGGGGACAAGCUGUCCCAGCUCAAUGCUGUGUUUUCUGUCUUCCCUGCUGCUGCUUGGUGCUCUGCCCGCCGUGCCCUACGGCUGCAACUGGAUGAAGCUGGCCAGCUGAAGUCCCAGGCCCCUCCGGACUUGUGGAAGAAGGUGCUAGUGGACACAGCGGCUGAUGGGGCACUACCCCCCUUUGAACUCCUGUGUCAGUGCCUUUGUCGGCUAGAGCCAUGUUGGUUGCCACCCUUUGUAGAACUGGCACAACAGCAGGGGGGGCCAGGUUGGGGGUUAGGAGCUGGGGGCCCAGGGCCACCUUUAUACCGACGGGCAUUGGCUGUGCUGGGUGACUGGGCUGGAGCCAGGGCAGGAGCUCUAGAGCUAGAGCUACUCUUGGGAAGUGGCCGGCCCAAGGCUGUGCUCCAGGCCAUAGGGCAACUAGUUAAGGCUAGACAGUGGGAACGGGUGCUGGACGCAGGCCUGGCCCUGAGCCCAUCCAGCCCCUUGCUGCAGAUGGAGAUCUUCAGUGUCCUAGUAGCUGAAUUUGCUCAGCAUCGCCAAUUAGAUGCCCACGUGACUCGCCUGCGCCGCCUGUGCCCACCAGACUUGACACCCACAGACCUCUUGCUCCUGCUGAAGAGAUACCUGCCAGAUGAAGAGGGGCCUCCAGCCCCAUUCCCUAAGGUGGGAGCCGACCCCCCACUCACAGUGGGGCUCCUGAGAGGCCUGCUAGAACAAGCCAAAUGUGAAGCACAGACUCCAAGCCCCUAUGAAGAUAUCCUAUGGGACUCCAGCCCCUUUCCUCCCCACCCCAAGAGCAGGCAAUACACCUCUCAGGCCCAGAGUAGCCAGAGCUAGGAGCCUGGGGCCAGGUGUUCAAUGGAACUGACUCAGACUGAGACUUGGGGCCAAGAGGUAUGGUGAACCUGAGAGGGAGGGGUCUAGUCAGUUUUUCCACUCUCUUAUCAAAGGGAGGGGCUCAGGAUUCCCUUCAGAGAUGCCAAGGGUAAUUCAUGGUAUGGUCCUCUUUUCCUCAGUGUGUGCAAUACUCUUCUUUCCUGGGGAGAUUUUAAAUACAUACAAGUAAGGGAAGCAAGAGUGAUAGUGUCUGUAUGUGAUUGAAGAGGUGUGGGGGUAUUGACGAUUUGGUAAGUUGGAAGUGCUGUUCCCAAGGCCACCAUCUGCUCAGUUCAUUACAAGGAGCCUUUCCUUCUCUGACCCUUCCCUCCCCUCUGUGGGUUUGUCUUCUUACCUACUAAUGGAACUGUCCCAGGGAAGGGGGAAGAGAGUGCGGAAACCAACUAGAGAGGGAAAGAACCCUUCCAGUAGAAGCUCCCAGGAUGAAGAUGGACUUUAGGGAGGGUGGUGUCUUGUACCAUAGGAAUGAGAAAGAAAUGUUACUACUCUUAGCAAGAACAAGGAUUCUGGGAAGUCAAAACCAAGUUCAUAGUUCUUCCAGCCUCACUUCCCAGAAAAUAGAAGUAAGGUCCUAGAAGUGCUGAGCCCAGUUAUAGGCUUGAAGAGUGUCAGGUUGACAGAAACCAUCAAUGGCCCAUCGCCUUGUCCCCCUUCCACCUUAGUUCUUAGCCCCAGAGCAUCCACCAGCCCCUGGGUCUGAGGUCUGAUCACAUGGAUUUUGAUGUAGAAAAAACAGUAACUCAGAAACCUGUAAGUGCUUGGACCAGAAAGGGGAGUGAGUAUCCCAACCUCCACUUAGGCCUGUCUCUCCUAGGUGGCACAGUGGAUAGAGCACUGGACAUAGAGUCAGGAAGACCUGAGUUCAAAUUUGGCCUUAAGACAAUAGCUGUGCAACCCUGGGCAAGUCUUUUAUU